UCAGGCACCGCGGGGACGCCUCUCCGAGAGCCCAGCUAGGGGCGUCCGGCGCGCACGCCGGCCGGCGGGGCCGCAGAGGGGGCGGGGCGGACAUCCGGGCACGAGCACGCAGAGGCCCGCGGUGCGCGCGCAGCGCGGUGCGUCGGUCGGGGGCGCGCUCGGGUAACCUGUACCCCACGUAGUCGCCGGUUACCGAACGGACUAAGUUCCAGUGGUGAUUUGCAAGUCAAGUUAAAAUGUCCCCAGAAGUGGCCUUGAACCGAAUUUCUCCAAUGCUCUCCCCAUUUAUAUCUAGUGUGGUCCGCAAUGGAAAAGUGGGACUGGAUGCUACAAACUGUUUGAGGAUAACUGACUUGAAAUCUGGCUGCACGUCACUGACUCCUGGACCCAAUUGUGACCGAUUUAAACUGCAUAUACCAUAUGCUGGAGAGACAUUAAAAUGGGAUAUAAUUUUCAAUGCCCAGUACCCAGAGCUGCCCCCCGAUUUUAUCUUUGGAGAAGAUGCUGAAUUCCUGCCGGACCCCUCGGCUCUGCAUAACCUUGCCUCCUGGAAUCCCUCAAAUCCCGAAUGUCUCUUACUUGUGGUGAAGGAACUUGUGCAACAAUAUCACCAAUUUCAAUGCAGCCGUCUCCGUGAGAGCUCCCGCCUCAUGUUCGAAUACCAGACAUUGCUGGAAGAGCCCCAAUAUGGAGAGAACAUGGAAAUUUAUGCUGGGAAAAAAAAUAACUGGACUGGUGAAUUUUCAGCUCGUUUCCUUUUGAAGUUGCCGGUGGAUUUCAGUAAUAUUCCCACAUACCUUCUCAAGGAUGUAAAUGAAGACCCUGGAGAAGAUGUCGCCCUCCUUUCUGUGAGUUUUGAGGAUACCGAAGCCACUCAGGUGUACCCCAAGCUGUACCUGUCACCCCGAAUUGAACAUGCACUUGGAGGCUCCUCAGCUCUUCACAUUCCAGCUUUUCCAGGAGGGGGAUGUCUCAUUGAUUACGUCCCUCAAGUAUGCCACCUGCUCACCAACAAGGUGCAGUAUGUGAUCCAGGGAUACCACAAGAGAAGAGAGUAUAUUGCUGCUUUCCUCAGCCACUUCGGCACAGGUGUCGUGGAAUAUGAUGCAGAAGGCUUUACAAAACUCACCCUGCUGCUGAUGUGGAAAGAUUUUUGUUUUCUUGUACACAGGCUUAUUUCAGAACCUUUGUCCCUCAGUUCCAGGAGGCAGCGUUUGCCAAUGGAAAGCUCUAGGAAACACCAGUCUGGAGCGGUGGCCAGCCAGACUGCUCUGUCCACAUGCGUGUCAGCACAUGUGCUGCUUCCUGGAAGCCACUUGGACCGUCUUCAGGCAGCGUUUUCACCCCACAUAGCAGCUUCGCGAGCCCGCCUGGAGCCCACGCUGGGGCUGGCUGCGGUGAGCUCCUGGAGCCACCACCCAUCCCCCCCUCGGUUCUCCCUUUGUUUCCUUCAGUGUAGUCCUGACUUGGAAGAAAUAAAGUCACAAAAAUCAUGAUGCAAUAUUUUUCCAGGGAAAGUAAGACAUCAUAAAUGCACACACCCUUA